CUAGAUCAUUCAAUGGUAGAGGGUUUUAUUUCACAUACAAGAGUGUAUUGUAGAAAUGCUUGGCGUUGCAUUAUUAGGUCUUGGAAGGAUUGGGAAGAUACAUCUUCCAAAUGUUUUGGGCAAUAGCAGAUUGGAGUUGUUGUACAUUGUUGAAGAAAAUGUUAAUGGUGUUAAUGAAGAGCUUGCCGCUCUCGGAAGAGCCGGCAAAGUGGCUGUUGUGAAAUCUGCAGAACUUGAUCGAGUACUCGGCGAUGCAAGGAUAACCGCAGUCGUCAUUUGUACGCCGACGGACACUCAUGCCAAUCUUUCGAUCCGGUCCAUGGAAGCAGGCAAGCACGUGCUGUGCGAGAAACCAUUGGCGGAAGGUAGGGACGCGGUGUCCCGCUGCUAUGACGUCGCCGAGAAACGCGGGCUGAUACUUAUGGCAGCAUUUAAUCGGCGAUUUGACCCUUCCUACCGAUCUUUGUACACGAAGGUUCGGGCUGGUGAGGUGGGGGACAUCCAGUUUAUCCGCACCACGUUCCGGGACACGCCCCUGUGGCUCGGGGCGGAGACGUUCUCUCAGACCUUCCUCAGUCACGACAUCGACAUCGUCUGCUGGUUCGCUGGUGGUCUGCCCGAGUCUGUUGUCUGUGUUGGAGCUUGUCAUAAUUCGGAAGUAAAGGAAAAUGGUGACGUGGACAGUUGUGUAGUGACGAUGAAGUUUCCCGGGGAGAUCAUUGGUGUGAUAGACUUCGCGCGCUACUGCUCGUAUGGCUAUGAUAUAAGACUCGAGGUAUUUGGAACCAAAGGAAUGUUAAAGAUGGAACCCUGCCUUCAGACGACAGUGCACGAAUACUCUAACGCGGGAAAACGCGACCCACCAUUCGCCGUGUCGUUUCCAGACAGAUUCAAAGACGCAUAUCUGCUGGAGCUGGACCAUUUUAUAGAUGCAGUAGAAGGCAAAAACAAGUGUGAAGUGACCAGGUUUACCUCCACGGCCAUCAGCACCGUGAUCGACGCCAUCAGGAAGUCCUUCCACACUCAAACCAUUGUUAAGCUUUCUUCUGCUUAA